AUGAAAACAAAAGCACAUAAUGAGGAUGAAGAUGAAGAAAUUGAUAUUAUGAAUAAUAGUGAUGGGGAUAGUGACGAUGAUCAACCAUCAAAAUCUUCUUCAAAAGUUUCUCAAUCCUCUUCAAAAAAUAAAAGGAAAACAUCAUCUAGUAAAUCUACAAACUCUACAAUUGAAGAAUCAAUACCACAAACUAUACCAGCACCAUUAUCAACAACAAUAACUCCACCAACUUUAACAAUGAAUACUUCAAACAAUUUUGAAACAGAAGAACAAAGAAAAUAUAGACUACAAUCAGAAUCAUUAGCACAAGAUACAGCAUCAUUAUUUGAUGAAAUACAAGAUGAACUUGAUGAUGGAUUUAGGUCAUUGUUAAGUGGAAUUGAUAUAACAACAUUACCAAAUUACUCAAUUGAUAAUACUAAUAAUAGGUCAAUUAUAGCAUCUAGUAGUGGAACAGUUAAUAAUAGCAAUAACAAUAAUAAUAACGAUGGUGGUAUUUCAGAGGAAAGAAAGAGAUUAACAGCAUCAGCACCAACAAUACCGACAACCACAUUACCAGCAUCAUUACCAGUAAAUUUAUCAUCGUCAACAUCAUCAACAAAUAUUUUAAGUGGUACGGCAUCACCAAAAAAGAGGAAAUCAAAAGAUGAGAAUACAACAAUAAAUGAACAAGAAAAUGUAAAUAAUAUUAAUAGUGGCAAUGUAAAAAAUAGUAAAAAUAAUAGUGGUAGUAGUAUUAGCAGUAGUAUUAGCAGUAGUAGUAGUAGUGGUAGCAGCAGCAGUAAAUCUAAAAAAUCAAAAAAAUCAAAAAAUGAAGAAAAUAGUGAAGGUUUUGUUAUAGCGGAGGAUGAAAAUGAUCAUAAAUCAUCUUCAAAUAAAAGUAAUAGUAAAAAAUCAUCAUCAAAUAAAAGUAAAUCACCAUCAAAUAAAAAUAAUAAUAAAAAGCUACCACAGAGUAGAUCAAUUAUAAACUCUAAAAAAUCCACAGAAUCAGAAUACGAUUCAUCAGAUAGCUCUGAUAUGGAUUUAGAUGUUAACAUUUCUGAUUGUGAUUCAGAUAUUGAAUUCCCUUCAUUCACAUCUCAAACAACUAAACCCAAUAAUAGUAACAGUAAUAAUAAUAAUAAUAAUAAUAGUAUAAAUAGUACAAUUCCUGCUAGUAAUAAUAUAAAUAGUGCUAAUAAUAGUAAAACUACAAACAAAAAUAUAACUUCAAAUAAAAAAGAUAAUAAAGUAAUUUAUAAUGAUGAUGGAUCAGAUUCAGAAACACCAAUUUUAACAUCAGUUAAAAUACAGAGAGAACAACAAAUACCACAACAACAGCAACAGCAACAACAACAACAACAUCCACAACAGCAUCCACAACAGCAACAAACACAAAAUAAUAAUAAUAAUAAUAAUAAUAAUAAUAAUAAUAAUAAUAAUAAUAAUAAUAAUAAUAAUAAUAAUAAUAAUAUUAAUAUCAAUAAUAAUAAUAAUAAUAAUCAAGCAUUUUCAAGUUUAAUAUCAUCACAUACAGCUCAUAUAUAUCCUGAGCCACAUUUUCAUAGUUUAUCAUUUUUAGCACCAUUUUCACCACUUGGCUUACCAAUUGCAUCACCAAUGUCACCUGGUUUAUUGGAUUUGGUAUCAUUACCAAACUCUUGCUCAGUACCACCUCUAUCACCUCUAUCACCUUUAUCACCUUUACUUUCACCUGUAUCACCAUCUUUUAAUGCUAAUAAUAAACAUAAUAAUAAUAGUUUAACUAAUAAAAACAUAGAUGCAACUAUGAUAACAUCAAUAGCGCCAAUAAUGGACAAAACCUCAACAAUAACAAUAACACCAAUUUCAACAACGGAUGAUGUUUCAAACAACAUUUCAAUAAUAUCAAAUAAUGGAAAUAAUUUAAUAGCGAAUAAUGAAAAUGUUACAAACAUUAAUAUAAAUAAUAAUAAUAAUAAUAAUAAUAAUAAUAAUAAUAAUAAUAAUAAUAAUAAUAAUAAUAAUAAUAAUAAUAAUAAUAAUAAUAAUAAUAAUAAUAAUAAUAAUAAUAAUAAUAAUAAUAAUAAUAAUAAUAAUAAUAAUAAUAAUAAUGGUGAUGAAAUGUCAAUUGAAUUUAGUACGAUUACAAGUGGUAUCACUGGAAGCGGUGAAGCUGGAAGUAAUAAUAGUAAUAUCAAUAGUGGUGUUAUUAAUACAUCAACAUCAAUAUCAACACCAACAAUAAUACCAACACCAACACCAACAACAACAAUAGCAACAACAACAACAACAACAACAGAAUCAAUAAAUCAACCAAGUAUAUUUAGUAAUCAUAUAAGUGUAUUUAGUAAUUUAUUACCAACAGUGAUACCAAGUGCAAAUAUUGAAUUGGAUGAUAUUAUGAAUAUACAAUCAUCAUCAUCUUUAUCAAUAAAUUCACCAAUAUCAUCACAAUCAUCACAAUCAAUAAUUUUUUCACCAAUUAGUAGUGGAUCAAAUGUAAUUUCAAAUAACUCAAUAAAUAAUAAUAAUAACAAUGCAAAGAAAUCAAAAAGAUUCUCAAUGAAUCCAAAUGUUCAAAAACAUUUUCAACCAACUAUUUGGCAUGAAGAAGAAAAGUUAUUAUUUAGAGAAUUAUUUUGUGCAUAUGGUAGAGAUUGGCAAAUGGUUUCAACAUUAAUGUGUGGUACAAAAUCACCAACUCAAAUUAAAAACUUUUAUUAUGAUGUUCGUGUAACUUUAUUAGCACCAUUUUUUGGUGUAUCAGGUGAUGGUGAAACUAAAUCUAGAAUUAUGUUACCAGAGAUGGAAAAAGAUAUAAUAAUUAGUAAACCAGAACAAAAUGUAAAUAGUAAUAAUAAUAAUAAUGGUGGUGGUAAUAGUUUAAAGGAUGGUUCUAAUGGUAAAAGAUUUCAGUCAUCAUUAUCUUCUUCGAAUGGUAAUGUUGGUGGCAGUGGUAGCGGUGAUGAUGACGUUAGAGUUAAAAAGAAAUCUAGAACCGCAAGUAAAAGGUCAUUUAGAUUCUCACGUAUUGCUAAUGAAACUAAUAGGACACCAAAAAAUCAACCAAAACCAAGUAAGAAUAAAGUUUUACCUGAAACACCACCAAAUGUAAAAUAUCCAGUUGGUUCAGCUUUAUUUUAUUUUUAUACAAAUCCUGAAACUUGUCCAGUUGGUAAAUGGUUUGAAGUUAAAAUUUUAGAAUGGGAUAAUAAUGCUCAAGUACCAGUUUCAAUGAUUAAUCAAUCUUCCAAUUCUUCACCUGUAAAUAAUAAUAAUAGCAACAAUAACAAUAAUAACAACAAUAUCAACCCUUUAGAGAAUAUGGAAAUAAGUUUCACAGAAUUAAAUAAUGGUAUUGAUAGUAGUAUGGUAGAUUUUACCGCUGGUUUGGAUUUAGAUUUAUUAGGUUCAGCAAAUGAUUCAAUGGAUUUAAAUACUGACGUAAAAAUCCAACAAACUAUAACCACCUCAUCUACUACUACUACUACUUCUACUCCUGUUUCAUCAUCAUCAUCAUCAUCAUCAUCAUCAUCAUCAUCAUCAUCAUCAUCAUCAACAACAACAGCAACAGCAACUACUACAGGUAGUGCAAAAAGUAAAAAAGAAAAAGAAAAUGUAAAUAAUAAUAAUAAUAAUAAUCUAUCAAAUCAAGAAACAACGAUUGGAACUAAAUAUAAAGCAGUAAUGUUUAAUAUGAAUAAAACAAAAGGAUUUUGGGUGUUUGAGAAUGAAUUAAAAGAGGAAAUGGAAAUUGGACAAGAGAUUUGGGAAUUUAGUGCCGACCCAAAUGCAGAGGAAGAAAUGAUUACAAUUUCAUCAAGUAAUAGUAAUAGUAGCUCAAAUUUAUCCUCAUCAUUAAAUAAUACUAUAAUUUUAUUAUCAACACCAACUCCACCACCAAUGCCAAUUCCAGUAUCUACAACUACGAUUGCUCCACCAAUUUUAUCAACAACAACACCUACACAGCAGCAAUUUCAACAACUACAACCAACACAACAACUGCAACAAUUACCACCACCACCUCCACCCCCACCCAAACCUCCAAUUGAUAAUACAAUUACAGUUAGUUCACCAGUUGAUUUAACAAUUCCUUUAAUUGAGAAUCAAAUGAUUGUUGGUGGUAAUGGAAAUUGUUUUGUAAAUUGUAUAAUGGGUGAAAAUAGACCAAAUGGUAUUCAAACUCAAGAUUUGGUAAUCAAAUUAGUUGAGUCAUUAUAUGUAACAACUGAUAAGUUUAAGAUUCAACAAUAUUUAGAACAAAAGUUAGAAAAUACAACUGCACCAAAUACAAAAUUCCCAUAUUACCCAUUUCCUUCUUCUACUACUACUAAUUCUGCAACAUCAACACCAACAUCAACACCAACAUCAACCCCUUCAACAUCAGCAUCAACAUUAACACCAACAUCAACACCAACAUCAACACCAGUACCUGCACCAACAUCAUUAUCAACACCAACUUUAACAUCACCAGUUUUGGAGACAACAACAAUAAUACCAUCUGAUAAUAAAGAAAAGGAUAUUAAAGAUGGUAUUUAUAGUAUUAGUAAUAUUAUUUCAAGUGAAUUAUUAGAGAUUCCAACAUUUUCAAUAGAGUUUAUUAGUUCAGGUUCACUUUCAAUAGUUUCAAAACAAAAAUGUUUCUUUGAGGCUAUUUCAAAUUCUUUUGAAGAAAGAGAAAUCGUUUCAAUCAAUUUCAACUCAAUUUUUAAUACCUAUCAAUUCAUUUCAAAUAUAAACGAUAAGGCAUUCAUCAUUCAAUUGUUUGAUAAUAUUUUAAAGGCUUCUGAUAUAUCUGUACAAAAAAUAAUUGGUGAUAAACCACCUCCAGCAACUAUAACUCCAAUUUUGCCACCUAAAACUGAAGUUACACAAACAACACCACCAUCAUCAUCAUCAUCAUCAUCAUCAUCAUCAUCAUCAUCAUCAUCAUCAUCAUCAUCAUCUACAACAAAAAAUAACUCCACUACUAUUGUAAAUAACACUGAUUCAACUAAAUUUGUAGAUGUAAAGAAAGAACAACUCACUACAGUUCCAAUUGUUAAGCAAGAAUCAAAUUCUCCAUCAAAAACAUUACCACCAUCAAAUUCUCCAUCAAAAACAUUACCACUAUCAAAUUCUCCAUCAAAAACAUUACUACCAUCAAAUUCAUCUAUUCCCAAUAAAUCUACACCAUCACCAAUACCCAAACCAACUACAUCUUCGACCACUUAUCCAGUAACAACAUCAAAUCCAUCUUCCAAACCUCAAACCCCAAUUCCAACAUCAAAUAAAUCACCCGCCAAAUCGAAUACUACCACAACUCCAGCAACCACAACCUCAAAUACAUCAAUUACACCUACUCCCAAACCACUCACUCAAACAACCACUUCAACUUCAAACCCAAAUAACUUGACUCAACCAACCACUUCAAAUUCAAAUCCAAAUAACUUAACUCAACCAACCAAUACAACUUUAAAACCAUCUCUUCCAAAUCAAAAUACAACAACAACAAUAACAACAACAAAACCAAUGGUUAGUGCACCAACAAACUCAACUAAUCAAAACACAAUUCCAAAUGCAACAACAAAACCGCCACCAGUGGUCAAUAAACUUCCAGCCAAUCCACCUCUAAAACUAACACCUCCACCAAACUCAAAAAUUCCAGCAAUCCUUGCAACAACCACUGCUAGUAGAGCGCCAGCACCUCCUAUUCCAAAUGGAGGAUUGGUUCCAAAUUUAAUUAUAAAACCUGCUUCAUCUUCUUCAAUUAUAAAACAACCAGCAGGAAAUAUAUCAACUCCAUCUGCAACCAAUUUUAAACCAAACCCAACUCCAAAUGCAAAGCCAUUGGCUGGUAACACAUCAAUUCCAUCAACUACAUAUAAACAACCAGCAACUGGAGUUUCUAAUACCUCAACCAUAACUCAAGCAACAACAACAGUUCCAGGAACAACAACCACAACUAAUCCAAAUGGAUCAAUUCCUCCAAAACCAAGUAAUGGAUUGGCUGUUCCAAGUAAAACUACCACAACAAUAGUUAAUGGGCAAACCGUUGUUACUACAACGCCUAUUAACCCAAAUUUAUCAAAACCAAAAAUAAUUAUGAUCAAUGGUCAAAAACUUUAUGCUUGUACUUGUUGUUUAAGUAAAAAUCCACCUGGAACCGUCAUUCCACCACAAUAUAUAUCUAAACCAGUUUCCAAACUAUCAACUACCACAUCUACCGUUGGUGGAAAACCAGUUGCAAAUAAUAUGACAACAACAACAACAUCGUCAACAUCAACAACAAUGACAACACCAACUUCAACUAAUACAACUACUAAUGGUACCCCACAACAAAGUACUAAAUCAAUGAUUAAUAAUGGAUUAACACCAGGAUCAAAUUAUAAAACAGCAGCAAUUAUUCAUCCAAAACCAUUAUCAGGCAUACCUGGUGGAAAUACAUUAUCUGGCAAAUCACCAACGCCAUUAACUAUUAAACCACCUAGUGGUUUAAUACCUGGUAAAAUGCCACCAUCAUUAUCAUCAUCAUCAGCAAACCCCAUAUCAAUUACAAACAAUACAACUUCAUUAUCACAACAAUCAAAUACAACCAACACAAUGCCUUCAACUGUUUCACUUUCUAGUGGCAGUACUAGUAUAAAUUCCAAUAGUAGCAAUAGUAAAUCUUUAAGAUCACCAAAAUCAUCUGAUAACGAUGGUAAAGAAAGUAAAAAAGAAAGAAAAGAAAAGAAUCUUGAUAAAGAAAGCGGCAAAUCAGAUAGGGAAACUAAAUCAGAAAAGAAUGAAAAUAGAAAAAAAGAUAAAAAUCAUGAUAAAGAUAGCAAAUCUGAUAAAAACCAUGAUAAAUCUGAUAAAAACAAUAACGAUAAAUUUGACUCCAACAAAAAUGAUAACGGAGCAAUUGUAACUUCCCCAUUCAACCUUUUAUUCAAUCCAGAUAAAAGUCCAAUUCCUUAUAAACUAUUUAUUGGUAAAAGAGAAUUACUUUUAGAAUGUAGAAGAUUAUUAAGAAUUCAAUGUUCAAGAAUUAGUGAAUUAAAUAAACAAAAUAUUGAAAGUGGAAAAGAUACAACCGAAGUUAUAUCAAAAAUGAAAGAUUUAAUUAGUGAAUUAUCAUCUUUUAAAUUUUUGUUAUUAGAUAUUGCAUCUGAAAGAUAUAAACUUUAUAAAAAAUCAAUUGGUAUAUAUGAUUUUUAA